AUACCCCAAAAAUUUCUAGAACAAUUAAGUGUGAGCUAGGGACCUAAUUGUGAAAAAAUAAUAUUGUUGAGCCUGAUCAUAAAAGUCUCAAACUUGAGGGACUUAAAAGACGAAAGAAAUUAGGAUAAGGAUGGCUGUUUUUUUCCUUCUUUUUUUCUUCUUCAGUUCGCGUGUUGUGCUCUUCUUCUUCUCCCUUACACCAAACAAGGAAGCCCAGCCACUGACAGCAGCUCCCUUUGAGAAACCGGUAAGGAAGCUUACGUUUUCCCCUUUUUUUCUUGUUCAAGAACAAGAUUUGGAGCCUUGAAAUCUUUCCCCUCUGUAGAAAUUUCUGGAACCACUCUGCUCUGCUCCUUCCGUCUGUUGCUCUUCAUUGUGUGGGUGUGAUUUUUUCGGUUUCUGGUAAGGGGAAACAGCCAUUAAUUCCUCUUUUCUUGAAUUGGCUUGGGUUUACUCUAAUCUCUGUUGGUUCCUCCCAAUUUUUGGUAGAUCUCGAAUUUCCCCCUGCACUUCUCGCCGGCCUUCCCCAAACUGCAGCUUCGGUUUUUGCUUGCUAAAUUCUAGUAUGUGAUAGCUCCAUCUAAGUCCAAAUUACCGUUAGUUGCUAAAUUUAGUCCAGUUGAUUGUUGCUCUGUGUUGUCCGAAUUUUUGCUAAAAUGGAGGAGGAAUUCUGGUAGCAAUUAAGACAAUUUAAGCAUUAAUUCAAGUAGAAUUUAUGUGAUUGAGUGUUAAUUAGCUACUGUGAGGUUCUGGAGAAAAAUCCCGUGAAAUUAGCUAUUGUUUUGCCAAUUUCUAGAAGUUGCAAUUACUGUUCACUACGUAAUUACUGUUCAUGAGUACUAUUCAUGAGUAUUGUUCAUGGAUUUCUCUUCACGCAUUAAUGGCCAACAAUAGGAGGGUUUAAAUGUUUAGUUUAUACUGAGACUAAAAUUGAGAUGUCUGGUCGUACGAUUAUUAAUUUUAGAAUAUUUUAGUUAGGUUCUUGAUUGUUCUGUCACCCUAGCACUUGGAGUGAAUUUUCUGUGUUAUAUGACUGAGGUAAGUAAAUUAUGGUAAUGCCCUAUGGCUUCAAAGUAAAAGCAUAUUUUAAAUUGUUUUUGAGAUGGUGGCAAGGUUUAAAUUGAUUUUGUUAGCAUCGAGCAUGAUUGGUUUGAAAUGGAAUUAUUAUCAUUUUCAUUGAGUAGAGCAUGCCUACUUGGAAUUUGCUUAAUUGCCUUGAUGAUGUGAGAAUUUUUGUAAAUUAUGAUUUUCUUGUUAAAUCCAUGCCCACAUGGAAUUUUUCCGG